GGGCGGUGCUUCCGGCUGGCGGAGGUUGGGAGUGCGGCGUUGGGAGGCGGACGCUGGGUCGCGACCCCGACCCGUGCUCCUGCCCCGUUCGGCGACUUCGACCCCGACCCCCACCUGGGCCGUGACCCCCACGCGGUCAUACCCGUAUGGCCCGGCACGUGUUCUUGACGGGAACCCCAGGGGUUGGAAAAACAACGUUGAUCCAGAAAGCCAGUGAAGUUUUAAAGUCCUCUGGCGUGCCUGUCGACGGGUUUUAUACAGAAGAAGUCAGACAGGGAGGAAGAAGAAUAGGUUUCGAUGUUGUCACGUUGUCCGGCGCCCGUGGACCUUUAUCCAGGAUUGGGUCAGAGCUUCCGCCUGGAAAGCGUGAGUGCUGCGUUGGGCAGUAUGUGGUAGAUCUGACUUCUUUUGAGCAGCUGGUGCUUCCUGUCUUGAGGAAUGUAACUUUGCAGGAAGCCCUCUUUGUGGAUCAUCCUUUAUCCAGCUGUGAUUGUCUCCCUGUGGGGGACCUACAGGCAGGUCCCAGAGGUGGCCCGGGGCAGAGCGUGUGUGUCAUCGACGAGGUGGGGAAGAUGGAGCUCUUCAGUCAGCCGUUCAUCCAGGCCGUUCGCCAGGUGCUGUCCACCCCGGGGACUGUCGUCCUUGGCACCAUCCCAGGACCCAAAGGAAAACCGCUGGCCCUCGUGGAAGAAAUAAGAACCCGAAACGACAUUAAGGUGUUCAGUGUCACCAAGGAAAACAGAAACCACCUUCUGCCAGAGAUCGUGACGUGUGUGCAGAGUAGCCGGAAGUGAAGACGACUUGUCACUGCUUUUCUGCACGUGAACGCAUUUCUUGGAGAGGAGCCUGAGUUCCCUGCCUGUCCAGGUUUUUGGCCUUUGCAUUUAUGAAACCUUGGAGGCUUUUCCAAAGAAAGCCUGACAGCUGUUUUCCAUAAAAUGUUUAAAAGAUCAAAUUAGCCUUAAUGCUGGAUUGACUUUACAAGAUUAACAAUCCACUGUGGCUUAUUUAUGCUGAGAGAUUUCUGUUUAUUUCCUCUUGCAGUUGUGCAUGUGAUUUGGGUAAAUUAUGAAAUGAGAAAUGGUUUUCGGAGUAUUAGAUGGAAUUUGCCCCCAUUGAAGUUUAUAAAUGUGUUCAGGGAAGGGGGAGAAAAGAGUUCACUGCCUAAUCAGUUUUGCAUGUCAGGAAAAUUAAAUCCCUCUCCAGGAGCAGCUGAAGUCUCCUGCAACUCAGAGUGGUAACAGUUACUUGAUUUUUUAAAAAUCAGUAUUUCAAAAAAAGCCAUUUUCGGUCCUCCCCCUCCCCAUCUCUUAUUGUUUAUCUGUCUCCUUAUUGCUUAGUAAAGUCAAGGCAGGUGUGAUGACCGCA